UGAACCGGAGAGGAGGGUUUAUUUCCCUCCGGCUGACAUUUGCGUCUCUGUGCUAUGGAAGGAGAGGCAGUGUUGUGUGCGGUGGGAGCACUUCGUCUCUGCAGCUCCAGCUUCUUAUUUGCGCCACAGGAAGGACAGGAAGGCGGGAGAGCCGGACAGGCAGCAGCGCUCCUGCUCUGUGGCCCCGGAGGUGGACGUUAGAUAAUGCGCUCGAUCUUUUAGGAAGAGAGUUUUUUAGCAGCUCGUUUGCGGUCGAAGAUGGACUGAGACGCGCUGGUGGAGCAGAAGCAGCCAGCCAGCAGGUCAGCAGCAGCGGCGGCGGCGGCGGCGGCGGCGGCGGUGUGGGGUGGGGGGGCUCAGUGCGUGUGUGGCUAAAUGCUCGGAGAUACGAUGACCCUGCUGUCUCUCCUGGGCCGGAUCAUGCGUUAUUUCUUGCUAAGACCGGAGACCUUGUUCCUGCUGUGCAUCAGCCUGGCUCUGUGGAGCUACUUCUUCCACACGGACGAGGUGAAGACCAUCGUCAAGUCGAGCCGGGACGCCGUGAAGAUGGUGAAGGGGAAGGUGGCCGAGAUCAUGCAGAACGACAAAUUCGGGGGGGUCGACGUGCUGGACGCGGAGUUCUCCAAAACCUGGGAGUUCAAGAGCAACAACGUGGCCGUGUACGCCAUCCAGGGCCGGAGGGAGCACAUGGAGGACCGCUUCGAGGUGCUCACCGACCUGCUCAACAAGACCCACCCGUCCAUAUUCGGGAUCUUCGACGGCCACGGAGGGGAGGCGGCUGCCGAAUACGCGAAGACCCACCUGCCUGAAGUCCUAAAGCAGCAGCUGCAGAUGUAUGAAAAAGAGAAAGAGAACAGCCUCCUGUCUUAUCAGUCCAUUCUAGAGCAGCAGAUCCUCAACGUAGACAAGCAGAUGCUGGACAAGCUCUCCGCCUCCUAUGACGAAGCAGGAACAACAUGCCUGGUGGCGCUGUUGUCCGAUAAGGAGCUGACUGUAGCCAAUGUCGGUGAUUCCAGGGGAGUUCUGUGCGAUAAAGAUGGUAAUGCCAUCCCCCUGUCACAUGACCACAAGCCCUACCAGCUCAAAGAGCGCAAGAGGAUCAAGAGAGCGGGUGGCUUCAUCAGCUUCAACGGCUCGUGGCGCGUGCAGGGCAUCCUGGCCAUGUCCCGCUCACUCGGCGACUACCCGCUGAAGAACCUGAACGUGCUCAUCCCAGACCCGGACGUGCUGACCUUCGACCUGGACAAGCUGCAGCCAGAGUUCAUGAUCCUGGCGUCGGACGGCCUGUGGGACGCCUUCAGCAACGAGGAGGCCGUGCGCUUCAUCAAAGAGCGCCUCGACGAGCCCCAUUUCGGCGCCAAGAGCAUCGUCCUGCAGUCCUUCUACCGCGGCUGCCCGGACAACAUCACCGUCAUGGUGGUCAAGUUCAAAAAACGCAGCGCCAAAGCCGCCGAGCAGUGAGGCUCGACCGCCACCGGCCAAACAUGAGAGCGAAUAUAUUAUCGGUCAAUAUUAAUGUAUGCAUAGAUUUAAGAUGUAAAAGGAAAUCUGUUUCAUGACUAUUUUUGGAACAAGAACUGUUUCUUAUUGAAAUAAUGGCAAAUAAUAUAUAUCCAUUUCACCCCUCAUUACAUCAUCGUAGAUCCUUUGUUCCACGGUUGAGGAGGAAGUAGGACUUUUGGAUCAGUGUAAUGGUGACUAAUGGGGUAGCCGACACAAGGCCACUUUAAUGACUUCUGUGUUGUGCAAUCUCAUGUGCUGUGGAGGAAUAUAUCUAGCUGAUGUGUCAUGCUGCCAUUAAAGGACAGAUAAGCAACACGUACAGUAGAAUGCAUCGUCACGUCUGUAAUGCUGAUUAGAUUAGUGUCACUGCUAAUAUAAGGAAAUCCCUUUUUUUGGAGGAAAUUGAGCUUUGAAAAUUGGAAUAUUUGACCAUUUUUCUUUAUUUUUUUAUUUUUUUCUGAAAGUGGUUAUUUUUGGUUAUAUUUCCAUUUGUUCCCAUUUUUUUUGGGCUAAAAUAUAAGUUAAAAUUAAAUUAAAUCUAAUUUUUCCUAUUCUUUUUCUUUUUUCUUUUUUUUUACUUAACAGAUAAGCUCUAAAUCUAUUUUGGUCUUUUUUUAUUCCUGAAUUUGACCUGACAAGCAACCUACUAUAGGAUGUAUUUUUGUCAUAUUUAUAGUUUUGUUUUGGGUGCUUUCUUCCCUCUAAAAUUAGGCUAGGGUUUUGUUUUGUUGCAUGUUUUUUUGUUUUUUUGUUUAUUUUUAACUCUAAAUACACAGACAAUGUUGGCCAAUAUACUGCAAAUAAAAGUUUUUCUCGAAACGUUGUUCUAAUUUGACCUGCCAGUGGUCUUGAUGCCGCUAUUGCGAGACACAUGUUGAGACCUGGUCAACAUAUUUCGGCUGUAUUUCAGUAUUCACCUAAUAUAAACAGCUGUGACCGUCACGCACAGCAGAUACGUCCGUAUUUACUCUUAUAGACAUCGCUUGGUUCAGGGUUUUUUAGUGGCUUUGUCCAUUCUUUCAUAUAGAAAUAGUACAAUGUAAACAGUAUACAGUCAGAUUAGAGUGCUAGAUUGUACAGGUAGAUUGUUUAAUUAAAGGUGUGCCUAUGCACAGUGUGUUCUAGAUGGGUGGUGUGCACUGGUUCGCCUGCACAGCCUGCCUACAUACUUUAAUAAGUACAGAUUUAAAGAGCUACACUGAGCGAAUGAUUCAUUAAAUGCACAAAAUGAUUGGAUUUGUAUAUAUCCAGUAAGACGACUAGUGAUUGGAUGAGGGUUUGUUGAUGUUCCAGUCAUUGAUAUAUUUUUUGUUUUACUGAAAGUGCAUGUGCUAACUAUUCUGAAGAGGAAUUUCACCAAAAUGUUUGAAAUUUCUGCAAAAUUCUAUUGUUGCGAUGUAAAGUCGUUCAGAGUGGUUUGAUAUCAAGUGGUGCAUCUCUUUACAGUGGUGGUGAUAGGAAACAGGGGUCGCCAUGACUACAACACAAAUAUAGCCAUUUUAUUUAUCUAAAACCACCAGUGAACCUACUUUAUUCUUCUGAGUUUAUAUAUGGAAUAUUAAAUAGUAAUACAUGUGAAAAAGUAAGUUUGAUUUGGGGACUAUUUUGGCUCACAACACCCUGCACAUACCCCUCCACCAUAAACGGACUCAAAAAACAUGUUUUAGCAAAACAAGUCAGCUUAUUCAUAACUAUUUCAUAUAACGACUUUCUGUGAGGGAGCUUUUAGAGGAUGACGUCUGGUUCCUAUAAGCACCACUCUGAACAAUUCUGACUCUUUAAGUUUCUCUAGAACAGAGCAUUUCGCACCAAACCACACUGAAUGACUCUGUUUACACCUUAACAAUUAAAUGCAUUCAGCAAUUUUGGAAAAUGAGUGGAAUUCCCCUAACAUGUACUUUGGUAAAGGUUCAUUCUUUUCCUCAUUCUGUGCAUUUGCUACAGCUGAACUAGUAACAUUUUGAGGGAGAACUAGAACAUGAAUCAGUUCAGAAGAUAAGAUUGUUUUCACUGCAAAUAGAUCUGGCCCUAGUGGCAGCGUGGCCUUUACGUGCGACAUUAACUGAAAUCAGUGCGAAUGCACAAUGGAUUGUUUGAAUUUGUGCAACCGAAUUGAUCUGAUAUCUAAAACCGAUUACAAGGAGCCUUCGAAGAAAAUGCGUUGCCUUAUUUUUAUCAAAGACGCUCGACUGUCAUCAGUUUAUUUGCCAAAACAUUAUUGUCCCACAAUGUACUGAGGCUGCCAUGCACAUCAAAUGUAAAUAUGGUAUUUUGCAUAUUGAUGUCUCUUCGAGACUAAUGAAGUGAAUGUACAUAUUGAAUAUCAUUAACCCCAAUACCAAUAAAAUACAAAAAAAAAAAGUAAUGCAUCAAACUCUGGUUUAUUAAUAACAGAAGAGAUUAAUAGCUGAUAGUCUUUUUAUGUGUGAUUUUGGUUUUUUUUUAAUGUAUAUUCCUCCAGAAUACAGUAUGUGUUAUAGAAUGUUUAUGUGGAGUUUGUGUUUGUUUCAUUGAAUUAAAGAAACUGUAAAAAAAGAGACAAUUAUGUGAAUUUAAGAAAAUUGAGCAAAUAAAAAAUACAAGGAUUCAAAUCUGAAUUUGUUCAUCUA